UGAACUGCUCGAAAACAUGGAUAAGAAAACCACUUGGGACCGUUUCUACACAGAGACCAGCAGCAGGACGUCCACCUUCAAGAACUUUGAGUGGUUUUUUGGCUUUUCCUCUGUCAAAGACUUUUUGAUGCCUCUCCUGCACCUCAGCACCAACCCAGAUGGUCCGUUUCACGUCCUGGACAUGUGCUGUGGUACGUCUGCGCUGGGUGCUUGUAUUUAUAAGCACUCUCCGCUCCCUGUCCGCGUCACGUGUGCCGACAUUUCUCCCGUGGCCAUACAUCUAAUGCGGUAACACGUCUGAGCCAACGUGAUCCGGCCUCCCCACCCGUUGUCCAGGCUUGAGUUUUUGGAACUGGACUGCGUGCAGCUUCACAGCCGCUUUGGAUCCGACAGUCUGGACGUGACAGUUGACAAAGGAACCGCCGAUGCCUUGUUGAGGUCUAAGGACGGGGAAGGGAAGGCUGGUCGGGUGCUCAGGCAGAGCCUGAAGGCGUUGAGGAACUCUGGGUUUCUGAUUCAGUUCUCAGAUGAGGACCCAGAUGCCAGGCUGCCGUGGCUGGAGACCGAGGUGUGGGACUCGGGCGGGAGAGCGGUAAACGUGGGGGUGCGGGAGGUUGGGGAGCUACAGGGAGUAUGUUACUACUGCUACCAGGUGACCCCUCAUCCUGCUGGAUGCCUCUAACAGUGGUCCCUCUGAACGGGACAUAAACACU